AUAUUAAAAUAUUGAAACACUAAAAUGUUGAAAUAUUAAAAUACUGAAACAUUAAAGUAUUGGGAAUAUUAAAAUAUUUUUUUAUUAAAUUCUCCCAAACGGCUCAAUGUAACGUAAAAUGAGAGAAUAUAAAAAACAAGUUUGAAAAUAUAGAUGUAAAAUAAACAACUGAAGAAUAGAAUUAAAAAAUUAAAAAUAAUGAAAGAGUAACGAAAAAUAUAUAUAUAGAGAGAGAAGAAUGUAUGAAAAUAGAGACUUGUUUGAAACGAUAGUAAAAGAACAAUAAAAAAAUGACCCCCGGGGGAAAUUUGUUAAAAUUACAAGGUGAAUAAUAAAAUUGUGCAAUAAAAACCAAAGAAAGAAAAAAUGCGUUGGAAACAAUUAACUAACUAAUGAAUUUAAUUAAAUGAAAAGUAAUAAAUUCAAGUGUUAUAUAUAUGAAAAUGUGAGUGAGUUUUAAUGUUUCUCAUAGUGUUAUUGAGUGAGCAAGACGUUGACGAUGAAGAUGGUGAGGAAGUGUCUAAUGAAAAUAAAGAAAGAUAACAAUGCUUAUUGUUAAUUAAAAAGAGAGAGAGUGAGAGAGAGAGAGGAGAGUGGGAGGAAGGGGUUAGUGACGAGAUUGUAAAUGUCUCGUGUGUGCGAUUUUCUGAACGAGUUUGCAUAUCAUGUUGACGGCCGAGGGUAAUUUGAGCUGGACGAGCGACCUGAGUGCAAUAUUGCAUCAGGUGUCUUGCAACAGUACCUUUCUGGGCUGUAUGGAAGAGUGCGGAACGACAGUGACUGGCUACGAUCAUUUUUGCACUGCUGAACCCUCUUCGACAAUGACAUCGUCAUCGACCCUCUUUUGCAGACCUUGUGAUUUUACUGGUUGCGACUUGAACGUUUCUCUGGUCUUAAGAGGUCUGGAGAGUAUAGAAGGUGCUUUCCUCUCAAAAAUUCCGAGAUUUCGAGAUUGCAAUUCCACCAUUUUCGGUCAGAUAUUGGAUUGUUCGUCAGUUGAAAAUAUGACAUCGGACGAUCUCGCUGUAAGUUGUACUCAUCGUUCGCGAACAGGGUCAGUGGUAAAGGGUCGACAAUUGGAUUGGAGUUUUCUCUUCGUGGCUGUGUUCAUUGUUGCCGGUGGACUUGGCAAUAUUCUGGUUUGUUUGGCAGUGGGCCUCGACAGGCGAUUGCACAAUGUUACGAAUUAUUUUCUUCUAUCUCUCGCCGUUGCCGAUCUUCUUGUCAGUCUUUUUGUCAUGCCUCUUGGUGCCAUUCCUGGAUUUCUCGGGUACUGGCCAUUUGGAGUGGUGUGGUGCAACGUGUACGUGACAUGUGACGUGUUGGCUUGUUCCGCAAGCAUCAUGCACAUGUGCUUCAUUUCUCUGGGACGUUAUCUCGGCAUUCGAAAUCCACUGAAAACGAGGCACAUCUCAACCAAACGACUGGUUGGAAUCAAGAUCGCGCUCGUCUGGCUGUUGGCCAUGCUAGUUUCCAGUUCCAUUACAGUAUUAGGUUUGAUUAAUCCGAGCAAUAUAAUGCCAGGACCAGGAAUUUGUGUCAUUAAUAAUAGAGCCUUCUUUGUAUUUGGCUCAUUGGUGGCCUUCUAUAUUCCAAUGAUCGUAAUGGUCGCCACCUACGUAUUAACGGUGCAAUUGUUGAGGAAGAAGGCCCGUUUUGUCGCCGAACAUCCAGAGAGCGAUCAAUUCCGAAGACUUGGCGGCAGAUACGCAUCAACUAGAAAUCCCGUCCCAUCGAGAUCAUCGGCGAAUUCGUCUAGGCAAUUUUGGCGAACAUCCGGCGGUAGUUCCGGAGCUGACAAGUUUCUGCCCGGAAGAACGAAAAGAAGAUCACUGGCAGCGAAUGCCGUUGCCACUGAGCAAAAAGCCAGUAAAGUAUUGGGACUGGUGUUCUUCACAUUCGUAUUAUGUUGGACGCCAUUUUUUGUGCUAAAUAUCAUUUUUGCAGCGUGUCCACAUUGUUCAGUGCCAAAUCAUGUUGUCGUCACAUGCCUUUGGUUAGGAUAUGUAUCAUCUACAAUUAAUCCAGUAAUCUACACAGUCUUUAAUAAGACUUUCAGAGCUGCCUUUAUUCGACUUCUAAAAUGCCAAUGUUCCAGGUCAGGAAGAUUGGCCAGAUAUCGUUCGGUGACAGAAGCGAGUCGAGGGACAUUAAACGUCUGUGCCCCAGGUACACUUCCACUUGCUAUUAGUCUUCAGGGUACUCCACUUCUGACGCCAACGGCAAAUACCACUGCAAAUUCAGAAGCCGGUGGUUCAUAUGUCACCAUGAUUCACAGAAAUCCAGGUUCUCUCUAUCGUGACACGUUUCUUAUUCACGAUCAAAAUUGCUGAGAAUUUUUUUUUUAAUUAUAACUUUUCAGCCAUCAAAAAAGGAUCUCAAUCAAAAAAAAAAAAAAAAUUAUUAUCAAUGACAAUUUUUUUUU